AUGGGUCAUGAUCCUAGUAAGGAUCAACAAAUUAACGACGUUAAUAUGAUCGAUCAUGAUGCCCAACAACCUCUCUCAUCCCCUGCCUUGCUUCCUGUGUCUUUUAAAGAAGCAGUAGCAGGAAAUUCACAAUGGUUCGAGGAAGCAAAAAAAAUUCAAAUCACUUCUCUGGAAUGGGAAGAUCAAGAUGUUGAUCCUCCUGACAUCUCUAAAGCUGUUCAAUUCCCAAGGGAUACUUUGAACAAGCUUAGACAACCCUGGAAACUCACUCUUAUGGGUAAAUGCCUAGGAAUAUCGGUUCGUCCUUCCUUUAUUACUCAAAGAGUAAGAAUUAUGUGGAGGCCAAAAGGAGGUUUGGAGGUCAUAGAUCUUGGCCAAAAUGUGUAUCUUUUUAGAUUCUCAAUCCAGGAUGAUUAUGAUAAGGCACUCUUGGGAGGUCCAUGGUUUGUUCUUGACCAUUACCUGAUGAUAACUAAAUGGAAACCUAACUUUAGGCCUUCAAUGAAUCCUUUCGACUCGAUGACAGUUUGGAUUCGAUUUCCAGAACUUCCAGUGGAAUAUUAUGAUAAACAAGCUCUUUUUGAAAUCGCAAAAAAGGCUGGCCAACCAAUUCGGGUCGAUUAUGCGACGGACCAUUUAACCCGCGCAAGGUAUGCUAGAGUUUGUCUGGUUAUUGAUCUCAAUUUUCCUCUUGUUUCAAAGGUAUGGGUUGGGAAUCAGUGGCAGAAAAUUGAAUAUGAAAAUAUUCAUUCUCUUUGUUUCUCCUGUGGGAAGAUUGGACACUUAAAAGAUAAGUGUCUACUUAACCCAAUUAGUCCUAAUCCUAAACCGCCUUUUCCUAAUUUGAUGUUGCAUGUUUCAAGCCCACCUUCGGAAGUGCACUCCACCGAAAAAUCCACUACACACCAGGCCCCACCAACCAUUAACAAACCCACAUGCCUUAUGUCAACAAGUCAACCCAAUUCCUCUUCUGUUGCCUUGUUGGAUUUAACUAAGCAAAACAUUGAUUCUUAUGGUCCAUGGACUACAGUGAUAAAUAAGAGAGGCCCAAGGCCCAACAAACCUACCCAGCCAAAAAACACGAUAACCCAAACUAAAUCCAACUCAUUGAUCCCUCAACCCAACAAAAACAAAGAGAAAAAUAAAUCGAAAGUUCCAUGGAAAGGAAAUCAUUGGCAGAUUCUGGAAAAUGAAAAUUCAGAGAAAAAUAUUAUGGAAAAGGAAGUUGCCUUUAAUGCAAUUGGGGAAAAAACCUUGGGAAUGAUCAAAAUCCCUCAUUAA